AAUUCACAUUCAGACUGUUGACCAGACAGGUUGUGUUGAGACUUGAGACGCACUCCGCAAGGUCAUCGGGGUUCAUAGUUUAAUUUGAUAUUAUCAGUGAAACUUAUUUAAUUUAAUAUUUAGUUAUAAGAAAAAUACUACCAAUGGAUUCGCCAAUAGUAGAAGUAACCGAAGGACAAUUACGAGGAUGUUUGAGAAAGGAUCAUGCAGGUCAAGAAAUAUUUGCUUUCCUUGGUGUUCCGUACGCCCAACCUCCCAUAAAUUCGCUAAGGUUUAAAGCACCAGAACCUGUCAAGCAUUGGGGAGGUAUAAAAGAUGCCAAUAAGGAAGGAGAUCCAUGUUAUUCAAGAAAUUUUUUUACCGGAGAGUAUCUAGGUUCUGAGGACUGUCUUUAUUUAAAUGUUUUUACAAGAGAGUUGCCCAAUGUAUCGAAAAAACUAAAACCAGUCAUGGUAUGGAUUCAUGGUGGAGGUUAUAUAUCAGACUCUUCGUGUGUAGAUAUCUUCGGUCCUGAUUUUCUGAUUACAGAAGACAUAGUUUUUGUUUCUAUGAAUUACCGUUUGGGUCUAUUAGGAUUUUUAGCUUUGGAUGACACUACUUUGGAAGUUCCUGGUAAUGCAGGCCUGAAAGACCAGAACUUGGCUCUACAAUGGAUAAAACGAAAUAUUGAACAUUUUAAUGGAGACCCUAACAACAUAACGUUAUUUGGCAACAGUGCCGGAGCCUCUAGUGUCCACUUUCAUAUUUUAUCAGAUAAAAGUGCUGGAUUAUUUCAUAAAGCCAUUUUGCAGAGCGGUACUGUCUUCAAUCCCUGGAACUGGGGGCGAAACGAUAUCAACGAACUUCUAUUGAAAGCGGGUAAAGUGGUACAAAGCGAAAAAGAGGCGUUGGAAAUUUUAAACGAUAUGCCUUAUAAAGAGCUCUACAAAAUACAAGAAAAACUCCACGAUUCAAUAUGUGCAAAUGUUUAUAGACCAGUUGGACCUGUAAUAGAAAAACCUAAUAAGAGUGCUUUCAUUACCCGCAGCCCAAUUGAAAUAUUUAGAUCAGGAAAUUACAAUAAAGUGCCAAUGAUUUUUGGUACUAAUAAGACUGAAGGAAUGCUUGUGGAAUAUAACGAACUAAUAUUCCCCCGAUUUAAGCCACCUACCAUGUCAAUAGAGAAUGCAAUACCAUGGGAUUUGCAGCUACAAGAGGGUAGUGCAAAAUAUAAUGAAGUUAAAAAGAAAUUGCAAGAUUACUACUCAGCACCAACAAGACAUAAUGACAAAUAUUUGCCCUUCUCAACUUCUUUGUAUUUUCUUGGGAUAGUAGCUGCUGUGGAAAACCAUGUUAAAACAUCCGAUGUGCCAGUUUAUUUUUAUAAAUUUGUUUUUGAAGGAGGUCUCAAUGCGUUGAAGAUAGCAAAAGGUUUAAGUCAUUUACCUGGAACAUGCCAUGCCGAUGAAGUAGCUUAUGUUGUAAAAAAUAAAUUUUUAUCCACAUUUGAGCCUGGAACCCCUGAAUAUACUACAAUAUCCAGAUUUGUAAAGUUAUGGACAAACUUCGCAAGGUAUGGAAAUCCAACUCCAAAUGGGGAUCUUAAUAUAAAAUGGGAAACUGUAAAAAAAGAAAAGUUUAAUUUUUUGGAAAUAGGAAACGAUUUAACAAUGGAGAAUGGAAUGGACUUUUUGGAAUUAUGGAAAGAUAUAUAUCAGUUGAAACCUGAGAAAUCAAUUUUUGUAUAAUCCCUUUUAUAGUAUUAUAUUAACGUAUAUUAUAAAGUACUGACAAUAAAUAAAGUGUUGUUUUCUUGUAUAA